CUUGAAGGACUGUUGGGUCUUCCCGGCUGCCGUAGGGCUCUGCCGCGUGCGCGUGCGCGGAAGAGCGGCGGCCUUGAGUCUGACCAGCAGUGAACGGACCGCGGUGGUGGCGAUCGCCCUCGCCAUGAAGACUCGCUUUAGCACCGUGGACCUCCGCGCGGUCCUCGCGGAGCUGAACGCUAGCUUGCUUGGAAUGAGAGUAAACAACGUCUAUGAUGUGGAUAAUAAGACAUAUCUUAUUCGUCUGCAAAAACCAGACUUCAAAGCUACACUUUUGCUUGAAUCUGGCAUACGAAUUCACACAACAGAAUUUGAGUGGCCAAAGAACAUGAUGCCUUCUAGUUUUGCCAUGAAGUGCCGAAAACAUUUGAAGAGUCGGAGAUUAGUCUGUGCAAAACAACUUGGUGUGGAUAGAAUUGUAGAUUUUCAAUUUGGAAGUGAUGAAGCUGCUUACCACUUAAUCAUUGAGCUCUAUGAUAGGGGAAAUAUUGUUCUUACAGAUUAUGAGUACCUAAUUUUAAAUAUCCUAAGGUUUCGAACUGAUGAGGCAGAUGAUGUAAAAUUUGCUGUUCGUGAACGCUAUCCAGUUGAUCAUGCUAGAGCUGCAGAACCUUUGCUUACUUUGGAAAGAUUGACUGAAGUAAUAGCCAGGGCACCUAAGGGUGAACUACUGAAGAGAGUUCUUAACCCAUUACUGCCCUAUGGGUCAGCUCUCAUUGAGCACUGUCUUAUAGAAAAUGGAUUCUCUGGCAAUGUCAAAGUGGAUGAAAAACUUGAAAGUAAAGAUAUUGAAAAAGUACUUGUUUGUCUGCAGAAAGCAGAGGACUAUAUGAAAACAACAUCAAACUUCAGUGGAAAGGGAUAUAUCAUUCAGAAGAGAGAAAUCAAGCCAAGCCUGGAAGUGAAUAAACCAGUUGAAGACAUACUCACGUAUGAGGAGUUUCAUCCAUUCUUGUUUUCUCAACAUUCACAAUGUCCAUAUAUAGAAUUUGAAUCAUUUGACAAGGCCGUGGAUGAAUUCUAUUCGAAGAUAGAAGGUCAGAAAAUUGAUUUGAAAGCUUUACAACAGGAAAAGCAAGCCCUGAAGAAAUUAGAUAAUGUUCGAAAGGAUCAUGAAAACCGAUUAGAAGCUCUUCAACAGGCUCAGGAAAUAGACAAACUGAAAGGAGAGCUCAUAGAAAUGAAUCUACAGAUUGUUGACAGAGCCAUUCAGGUAGUUCGAAGUGCUUUAGCAAACCAGAUAGAUUGGACAGAAAUUGGAGUAAUUGUAAAAGAAGCCCAAGCUCAAGGUGACCCUGUUGCAAAUGCAAUCAAAGAAUUAAAACUACAAACAAAUCAUGUUACAAUGCUGCUAAGAAAUCCAUACUUGUUGUCAGAGGAGGAAGAUGAUAAUGUUGAUGGAGACAUCAGUGUUGAGACAAGUGAAACUGAACCACCAAAAGGGAAAAAGAAAAAGCAAAAGAAUAAACAGCUUCAGAAACUUCAGAAAAAUAAGCCACUGCUUGUUGAUGUUGAUCUCAGCUUGUCAGCAUAUGCCAAUGCCAAAAAGUAUUAUGAUCACAAGAGAUACGCUGCUAAAAAAACACAAAAGACUGUUGAAGCUGCUGAGAAGGCAUUCAAAUCAGCAGAAAAAAAAACAAAGCAAACCUUAAAAGAAGUUCAAACAGUUACCUCUAUUCAAAAAGCAAGAAAAGUAUACUGGUUUGAGAAAUUUCUAUGGUUCAUUAGCUCAGAGAACUAUCUAAUUAUAGGUGGACGAGAUCAACAACAGAAUGAAAUAAUUGUAAAAAGAUACUUGACACCAGGAGACAUUUAUGUACAUGCUGAUCUUCAUGGAGCUACUAGCUGUGUAAUUAAGAAUCCAACAGGAGAAGCUAUCCCUCCACGGACCUUGACCGAAGCUGGCACAAUGGCACUUUGCUACAGUGCUGCUUGGGAUGCACGAGUUAUCACUAGUGCUUGGUGGGUGUACCAUCAUCAGGUAUCUAAAACAGCACCAACUGGAGAAUAUUUGACAACAGGAAGUUUUAUGAUAAGAGGAAAAAAGAAUUUCCUUCCUCCUUCAUAUCUAAUGAUGGGUUUUAGCUUCCUCUUUAAGGUAGAUGAGACUUGUAUUUGGAGACAUCGGGGUGAACGAAAAGUCAGAGUGCAGGAUGAAGACACUGAGACGCUGGCAAGUUGCACAAGUGAACUCAUAUCAGAAGAAAUGGACCAACUAGGAGAUGACAGCAGCAGUGAAGACAGAGAGGAAUUACAUGAAACUCCAGUAGAUGCAGAGCUCACGACUCAGGGUAACCCAGAGGCUGUUACUAUUCAGAGUGAUGGAGAUGAACAAAAUGAGCUCAUUGAAAAAGAAAGCUCUGAAGAUGAAGGAGAAUCUGAAGAAGUGAAAAAAGAUCAAGGGUCUGUUGAAGAAAUGAAGGAUGAAGAGGAAGAGACAUUAUAUUAUCCUGAUACUACCAUUGACUUAACCCAUCUUCAAUCCCAAAGGUCCCUCCCGAAAUUGGCUUCAAAAGAGGAAUUUACUAAUUCAAGUGACAGUAAAUCACAGAGCCGGAGACAUUUGUCAGCCAAGGAAAGAAGAGAAAUGAAGAAGAAAAAGUAUCCAGUUGACUCAGGGGAUUUAGAAGUGAUGGAAGGAAAGGAAAAAGAAAAGGAUAGUGCUAUACACAACGAAACUCAACAGAACACAAGCAAAAAUGUUGCUGCUACCCAGCCAGUGAAACGAGGACAAAAGAGCAAAAUGAAAAAAAUGAAGGAAAAAUACAAAGACCAGGAUGAAGAAGAUCGUGAACUUAUUAUGAAAUUGUUGGGGUCUGCAGGUUCAAACAAAGAAGAAAAAGGGAAGAAAGGAAAGAAAGGAAAAACAAAAGAUGAACCCAUGAAAAAGCAGCCUCAGAAACCCAAAGGUGGACAAAGGGUUUCAGACAUCAUUAAGAAAGAAACUCCAUCCCUUGAGGUCUUAACUCACGAGGUACAAGACUUGGCUAUAGAUGACUCACAUGAUGAUAAGGAAGAACAAGAUCUGGAUCAACAAGGAACUGAGGAAAAUCUCUUUGAUUCUUUGACAGGGCAGCCACAUCCUGAAGACAUACUACUGUUUGCCAUUCCAAUAUGUGCCCCUUAUACUACUAUGACAAACUAUAAGUUUAAAGUGAAACUUACUCCUGGAGUUCAAAAAAAGGGAAAAGCUGCAAAAACAGCCUUGAAUAGUUUCAUGCAUUCCAAAGAAGCAACAACCAGAGAAAAAGACUUGUUCCGUAGUGUAAAGGACACAGAUUUAUCAAGAAACAUUCCUGGCAAAGUGAAAGUGUCUGCACCCAACCUUCUGAAUGUAAAAAGGAAAUAGCUGAAAUCCUAAAGUAUUUGCGAGGAGUCAAUUUUAUAGCCUUUUUGAAGUUCCAAGAUGAAAUCACCAUGUUAACAGGACUUCCACAUUUAAAAUGAACUAAAUAUUGCCUUGCUAUAUUCUCCAAAAGGACUUUUCCCCUCGUUUUAUAUAGAAAAAAAGUCUGAUAAGAUUUCCUGAAAUAUUUGUGAAAAGUUAAAUACUACUGAUAUAUAUAUGUAUUCCCCUAUACUUGAUAUUUCAAUCCUAAUUAUUCAUUUCAUGAUGUAAAGAAAUUGAAGUGGCUCAAUUGCUUAAACUGA